AUCUGGUGGAUUAGGGAGUUAGAUCAGACAAGUAAGUAACCCUCUGUCGUGAUCCCUUGUUAAAGUUAAAGGCUUCCAUUUGAUAAUCCGUAAAGGCUAAAGCAAUUAAGAAGUUCAGUUGGGCUUUGGGAUAAUGCUUGGGCUAUUUUCAGACUGGUAAGUGCUGAGUGAGGAGCCAUCGUCACCCAAUCCAAUCCAUCCUCAUCAAUCAUCGUUUCCGUUUAUUAAAGAAGGGUUGGAUCUUAGCGGGUUGAGUACGCUGUUCCCACCGUUUGAGUAGGACAACGCCCAGACAAGAGAUCAGAGCCGUAACUCCUGCGUUGAAAGUUAAGACAUUCGUUCUCAAUUACUCCUCUUGCUCGCUGUGCUGUGCUGUGCUCCUUUUGCCAAGAAGUCAAGUUUUGAGAUGGAUUUGCCCAGAUUUGUUCGUACGAAAGAAGGAGAUGGUGAGUCAAGUCCAAACCUUUAUGUGGCAAACUGUGGCCCUGCAGUGGGACUUUCAUAUGACACCAUUGCAUCUGUGUUUAGCUCUUUUGGGGAAGUCAAAGGAGUGUUUGCAGCUGAUGAAAGUGGUGUUCGCGUCAUCGUUUCUUUUCUUGAAUCAACAUCAGCUCAUUCCGCUUUCAAAGCCUUGAAUGGGCGGCCUUGUCCUCACCUUGGAGGCCGCUCUUUGCAUAUCCGUCAUUCCAUAUUGCAACCACCAUCUUCCACGGUCCAUGAUUCUGUUCCAGUCUCAUUAAUCGCUUCAGAUUUAAACAUUCCCGGACUCUACUUGUUCCAUGACUUCAUCAGUACUAAGGAAGAAGAGGAAUUGAUUCAAGCUGUUGAUAUUGGACCUUGGAAAAGCCUUUCGAAAAGGAGGAUUCAACACUACGGAUAUGAAUUUCAUUAUGAUACUAGGAAUGUUGAUGCAAAACAACAUUUGGGUGCACUUCCAUCAUUUGUUUCUUUCAUACUCAAGAGGGUUUCAUUAUUUCCAGACAUUCCUGUGAAUUUGGUUUUGGACCAAUUGACGGUUAAUGAAUACCCACCUGGGGUGGGCCUGUCUCCACACAUAGACACUCACUCAGCAUUUGAAGGAUUGAUUUUCAGCCUUUCACUAGCAGGGCCUUGCAUUAUGGAGUUCAGAAGAUAUACAGCAGGAUCAUGGAUUCCUAAAAUCGCCUCAAUAAGUGAAAUGAAAGUUGAAAACCCUAACCGUUGCACUGAGCUUUCUAGGAAGGCUAUCUAUCUUCCUCCUCGAUCUAUGCUCCUUCUAUCGGGGGAAUCACGAUAUGCUUGGCAUCAUUAUAUUCCACACCAUAAGAUAGACAAGGUGAAGGAAACUAUUAUCAGAAGGGGUUCAAGAAGAGUAUCUUUCACAUUUCGUAAGCUGUGUAUGGUUCUCUCAAAUACUCCUACCUCUGGUCUCAAGGCCAUCAACCCUCCUUCCUCGGUGUUUUCUGUGGUGAUGGUGUUUGUUUUCGGUUCCAAUGGCUGGAGGAGUUCUUUGCAUGCUUAAUGCACGCCUUCAUUCAGGCACCAUGGUCUAAGCUUAGUUCCAGUGACACAUUCAGAAGCCAAUAUAACACCUGACAGUGAGUAACUGUUCAGGCGCCAUGGAUUCCCAUUCUUUGGCCCAACACAAAGAGUGCAGUCAAGUAAGACAAGAAUGUGAAUCCCUGGACAUCCUCAGGUUUCUUUUAAAUUCCCUGAAAAUGUGCUUAGCCUCAUUCAAAGUAUCCCUGUUACCUACUUCAAAGUGGAGCUGACUCUGUGUUGAAACUAUCUGCGAACAGGGGAAUUCUCUUUGGCUUGUGCAUAUAAGCUUGCCUCUCAUGAUAAAUUACAAUUAACAUCCAAAGAGAACGGUGGGGACAUGGAUUUGAAAACAGAGGAUCUAUCCCAAGUUGCUGAUCUUUCUAUGAGAAUGCAUGCAUCAAAUACUGCCAACAAGGGUUUCUCUUAGAAGGCGAGGCAUGGAUAUUCAGGAACUGUGCCCUUUCUGCCUAACCAGAGAAUAAACAUUGGUCCAUCUGUUCAUUGAGUGCCCGAUGGUUAUGUCCUGGUGGGAACAAACGAAAAUUCCAAACCAAGAACGAUAUGAGAACCACGCCUCUUGGGCCAAAUGGUCACAAUUCAAUGCAACUUCAAUCAUUAUUUCAUUAACUACAAAUUGUCAUAGAAAGUCAUAUUCACUUUUAUUAUGGGAAAUAUGGACAACCAGAAACAAGUUGAUAUUCGACGGAAUGCUGGAUUCAGGAAGGGCAGUCGCCCGAGCCACGGAACGUGCAAGACAGUUCCAAGCGAUUGCGUGGAAAACCAAAAGAGUGCCUUUGCCCACUUUCAUCAGGGUUCAAUAGGAACCACCUCUACAAGCAUGGUACAAACUAAAUACUGAUGGCUCUUCAUUUGGGAACUCGGGAAAGGCAGGAGCUGGAGCAAUUCUACGAGAUCAGAUCCUGCAAUGGUUAGCAGGAUCAUCUCGACACAUCCCAAAGGCCACUAGCUUAGAAGCGGAGUUAUGGGCACUUAGAGAUGGUCUCAAGCUUGCUAUUGAAGUGGGAGUCCAAAAACUCGAACUGGAACUGGAUACUGCUGCGGUGAUCAACCUGAUUAACAAUUUUGACUGUCCCAAUCUUUUUCUAAACACCUUAGUUUAUGAUUACAGGAUGAUGUUAUUAGCUUCCAAAAGACCAUGACGAAGCAUAUUUUCCAUGAAGAAACAGGAGUGCAGAUGCCUUUGCCAGGCAGGAAAGUGAUGCAAGCUUGCUGGCUAAUCCUAGUUCUAUCCUUUUUGAAUCUUUUCUUUAACCACCAGAUUAUGUACUUCACUUGUUAUUAGCUGAGACUAAUGAGAUGGUGAUGUACUGAAGUAGUGUAUAAUUCUAUGCAUGACACCUUUUCCAAACAAAAAAAAAAAAGAA